GUCAUGUCACUGCUAUCAGUUGGCUCAAAUAUUACUUUGAUGAAAUUCCAGACUCAGCCAUUCAGUCCCAUUUUAACAAGGGCCUUGUUCAGAUGGAAUCCUCAAAUCCAAAUGCUGAUGAUUCUUUCAUAAAAAGGGAUGGGCAAAUGAAACCCUUGAGAAAGGUCAAGCAUAAUGAGGUGAUGGAGGUCGGGGCAAGAGUUUGGGUACCUGUAUCAAUUGCAGAGACUCGAGUUUCCAAGAGAUUUGAUUGUAUACCAAGUGGGACACUCUAUCCAAAUGCGGAUGAGAUUGAAUAUUUGCAAAGGCUUGUCAAGUACAAGGACUAUGCUAUACUUGUAUUAAAUAAACCCCCCAAGCUGCCAGUAAAGGGAAGUAUGCCUGUACAUAACAGCAUGGAUGCAUUGGCGGCUGCAGCUCUGUCUUAUGAUUAUGAUGAGGGUCCUAAACUGGUGCAUCGGCUUGAUAGAGAAAGCAGUGGCCUCCUGUUAAUGGGAAGAACUAAAGAAAGCAUAAAUCAUCUUCAUUGGCUAUUCAAUGACUUAAAUACAGCAAAAUCCUCAUGUAAGGCUUGGAAUGAUGCAUGUGAUGCUAAGUUUCAGCGGUUUUGGGCAUUGGUGAUAGGCACUCCAAAGGAGAAUGAAGGCUUAAUUUGCGCUCCUCUUUCAAGGAUUCUUCUUGAUGAUGGUAAGACUGAGAGGGUCAUCUUGGCUCAGAAUGUGGGUUUAGAACCUUCUCAAGAGGCUAUGACUGAAUAUCGGGUACUAGGUCCUACAAUAAAUGGAUGCUCGUGGAUUGAAUUGCGCCCACUUACUAGCAGGAAGCACCAGCUUCGUGUCCAUUGUGCAGAAGCUCUUGGGACUCCUAUAGUUGGUGACUACAAGUACGGCUGGUUUGUUCACCGGAAAUGGAAGCAGAUGCCCCGAGUUGAUAUUGAACCAAUGACGGGAGAACCAUACAAGUUACGAAGGCCAGAAGGUCUGGAUGUUCAGAAGGGAAGUGUAUUGUCCAAGGUUCCCUUGUUGCAUCUGCAUUGCAGAGAGCUUGUACUUCCAAACAUUGCAAAGUUCCUUCCAGUGCUGAAUAAGAAAACAGAAACCCUGCCUCCUGCGUUUAGCGCAAAGCCGGAUCUCCUUCGCUUUGUAGCAUCAAUGCCUAAACACAUGAAGAUUAGUUGGAAUCUGAUGUCCUCCUAUUUAGUGUAAAUAUCCAAGUUGGCACAUGGUUAGUGAUGGUAAAACUUAUGAAUUUUGAUAUCUGAUCUUCUAUUCAUUAACAAUAUAUACUUACAAAUCCUUGAUUUUAUGUUUUGCUGCCAGUUCAAUUUUGUGGAGGUCCUGAUAAUCUUGUGUUAUAAUUAUGGGAUUUGUUUUUAUGCAAUGAUUGUAGUUAUUUUUGUUA